AUGAAAUUUUUUUUAGGCCAAAAUGUGCUAGUAAAAGAUCUUCCAGGCAUAGUCAAAUUUGUAGGUCCAACAGAGUUUGCUCAAGGAACUUGGAUCGGAAUUGAACUUGAUCAACAUGUUGGAAGAAAUGACGGAUCAGUAAAUGGUAUAAGAUACUUUACAUGCGUCAAGCAGGACAAAAAUCACGGUAUAUUUGCAAAAGAAGAAAUCGUAUCUACUGUCGACGAACAUAGAAAGGUUGUUGAAUCUGAAUUUUUCCAAACAGGUGAUGUUGCUGCUUUGGAGAAACUAGUAAGUAGAUUACUGGAAAAGUUGAAAUAUGUAUCUAAAAGAAUGGAAGAAUACAGAGAAAGGGCACUAGCAUUACAGGAGUAUGCAGAUAAAUACGCAGAUUUGGAGACACGAUUAGAGCUGGCUUUAAUCGAUAGAGAUUAUUUUGAAGAUGCCAAUAAGAAUCUUCAAAUUGAAAUUGAAGAUGUACGAUUUAAAUAUGAAGAUUUGAAGGCAGAAUUUCAAUUGACGCAAGAAGAAUUGGAGCUCAAUAAGGAGAUUGAAAAAGAAGUUCAGAGUCAAAUUGGUGGGACUCAAUUAUCUGAAACUGAAAUCAGCUCUGUGUUGUCGAAAAAUAAGCAACUAGAGAUUGCAUUAUUAAAUAUGCAGAAGAUGCUCAACGAUAAGGAAUUGAAGAUGACUACUGAGAUCAAAACUUUGAGAAAUGAGUUGGUGGCGAUGGAAGCAAGUUUGAAUGAAGCUAAUUUAUUAUCAGACAAAGCUUUGACCGCAGAGUCAACUAUUGGAUAUUUACGAGAACAGCUAGACUCAGUUUCACAGCUGGAGAAGAUAAUUGAACAUUUAAAUUUAGAAAAUGACAGUUUAAAUCAGAAAAUCAAGACACUUUCAAAAGAGGUCGAAGAACUUAACGAAUUAAACGAAUUGAAUAGAGGUUUGGAAGAAACACACGCGCUUAUGGAGCAAGACUUACGGAGAGACCUUGAAGAACUCAAGCGAAUUGCAAUAUCAGAUAGAAACGCCAUAUCAGACCUUGAAAAAAAAAACAAGUUUUUGGAAGCAAAACUAUUCAAGUUCCUGGAUUCUGCCAAAAAGCAGACUAUUGAAAAUUUGAAGAGCUUCAGUGGUGAAAUGGAAUCAUUGAGGCUAAAGAUUUCUAAAUACGAAGCAGAUGAUGUCUUAAACAGAUUUUCUUUAAAGAUUGCUAAUACCCAUAUAAGUUUUCUUAAAAAUCUAAACAGAAAUGAACUUGGAAAUUCUGAGGAUAUCGAUAUUUCGUUACGAUUUAAAUUCCUCGCUUCUUGUUGUAAUAUAAUUCUGGAAUCAUUGAGUGGUUUUCCAGAUGACUUCUUCUCAUCCCCUGAUCAUGUGCCAUUUGUUAAAAGUACAGUCGAUGGGUUAGCAGAAUAUUUGAGUGCUAGUGCCGUGUUAUGCGAAGUCAAUUCUAGCAAUGAUCUUUUUCUUGAUAGAAUUGGAACCAUCAAUGUUAACCUUGAUGCUCUCGAACCUAAUGUCGUACAGCUUAUCGAAAAGGUUAAACAAGGUGAAUUGGCCGACAUUUCAUUUGAAUAUUGGAGGUUUUAUCCUCGCAUGUCACUUGCAGAAAUCAUAAAAGAGAAUCUGGAGCUACUUUUUGUCAAGAAAUUUAUACUCAAAUGUUAUUGCAAUAUCAUAGCUCAUGAAUCAGUUUUCAUAUUAUUAUUUCUUCAGAAACUACAGACUUGUGUUGAUUCAUUAUUAUGCACAAAAAACACCCCCGCUAUUGGUAAUUUAAAACUUAUGAAAUCUAGCAUAGAUACUCUCUAUAAAGAUUUGCGUAAGCUUAAAGAUUUUACCCUGAAAUUAAUCUCUGAUAUCUCCUUGUUAGAUAAUAGGCUAGAGCUUGAUUUUCAGGUUGAUGGUGAAUUUGCUCGAUCUGUUGAAGAAACUUGCAUUGAUAUUCAUGAAAUUUUCCACGUGUUGACUCAGUUAGAUAAAAUGGAAUCUUCUGAUGACGAGUGCUUACUUCUCUUCGAAAGUAUAAAUUACAAUUCGAAAUCCAAUACUUCAGACAUAUUUUUGAGUAUAAGGAAACACGUAGCAUGUGGAUUGUCAACUCUUGAUAUAAACUACUCAACCAUAAUCUUAAAUAAAGAUGUGCAAAUAUCUCUGCAAAGUACGAAAGAUAAGAGCUUGCGGGUAUCAAGUACAAGCUCUUUAAAGCACACGUCUUUAAAUGACCAGCUGGGCGUUUUAGAUGAGAAUCUAGCGGCGAAGGAUAAAAUUAUACUGGAAUUGAAUCUCAACAUUGACUUACUAGAAAAUAAUAUGCUUUCUCUUAAAACCACUUCUGACCUUCAAAUUACACAGCUUCAGGAAACAAUCUCUAAACUUAAUGAAGAGUACCAAGAGAAUAAGACCAAAUUUGCUCAACUAGUCGAGUCUUACUCAAGAUUAGAGAAGGAUAUGAAAAGUUUAAUAGAAUCUAAUCGAUUAAUUGAAGGCGGCCACUCUUUUGAAAUGUUUAGUGAUGCCGCUUCUGCGCAACAAUGCAACCAAAACAUAGCAUUGUUGGAAGAAACAGUCGCAUUAAGAAAGGCUAUUAGUAUUUUACCGCGUUUAUACCAGCUGGAUGACGACCACUCUUGGCUCUCAGACCUCCUGCGUGGAAAGCAAAAUUAUUCAAGGUCUAAACUUAGUAAUUGCCUAUACUUGUUGAAUGAAAUAACUGCUUCUUCUAAGCGCAUACGAUUGAAUGACAAUAGAAAUGCUUGGGAACCUACAGUUGAUCUUCCACGAUUCAUUAAAUAUCAAUUUGAGGAGAAAAUGCAGAUAUACGAAAAAUUCAAGAAUGAUGCUUUAAUUUCAUUGAAUAACUAA